AGGCGUGAUAGCAGUUUCACUUAAAACGAAAACACAACCAGAAACACAUGAACUCGCUUGGCUGAAAGCUGUGUUAGUUUAGAAUCUGAUACAGAUACACACAUAUAUAAGAGGGUGACCAUAUUUUGGUUUUCAAAAAAGAAAACUGGGGGCAAGAGGGCAGCAUGAGGCAGAUGGGGGCUCGCAGUGGGUAAGAAUUUAAAGCAGAGGGGCUUCAAAUGAAUGAGGCAGAAGAAGGACAAUAAACCAAGACAAUGGCUUCUCUUCAUCUUUGGCUUCUUUUUGGCCUGAUGCCUUUGGCGUCAUGUGUGCCACCUAUUUUCUUUCAGCCUGAGCAGGUGCACAUAUCCUAUCCAGGCCUUAAAGGAUCAAUGGUGAUCACUUGGACAACUUUGAACAAAACAGAGAGUGUUGUGGAGUACAGUCUGUUUGGUGGGAAGCUCUUCAGUCACACUGCAAAGGGAAACUCAACUCUGUUUAUUGAUGGAGGCUCAACGAAGCGGAAAAUGUACGUUCACAGAGUCUUGGUGUCAGAACUGAGGCCAGGAUCUGCAUAUGUCUAUCACUGUGGCAGUGAAGCAGGCUGGAGUGAUAUUUUCUUUUUCACCGCUCUAAACGAGAGUACAAGCUUCAGCCCCAGAUUUGCUCUGUUCGGUGACAUGGGCAACGAGAACCCUCAGUCACUGUCCAGACUGCAGAAGGAGACUCAGGCCGGGAUGUAUGAUGUCAUUCUGCACAUUGGAGACUUUGCUUAUGACAUGCAUGAGGACAAUGGCAAGAUUGGGGAUGAGUUUAUGAGACAGAUUGAAUCCAUUGCUGCCUACGUGCCUUAUAUGACCUGCCCUGGUAAUCAUGAAUGGGCUUACAACUUCUCACACUACAGGAAUCGCUUCAGUAUGCCAGGCCAGACUGAGAGCCUGUGGUACAGCUGGAACAUUGGGUCAGCGCACAUCAUCUCAUUCUCUACUGAGGUCUACUUCUAUGUCGAGUAUGGCUUAGAUCUCCUCUUUAAACAGUAUGAGUGGUUAAAGAAGGAUCUGGAGAUAGCAAAUAAACCAGAGAACAGGGCAGCAAGACCUUGGAUAAUCACCAUGGCACACAGACCCAUGUACUGCUCCAACGACGAUCACGAUGACUGCACCAAGUUUGAGAGCUAUGUACGACGAGGACGCAAUGACACAAUGCCGACAGCCCCUGGCCUGGAGGACCUGUUCUAUCAGCAUGGAGUGGAUCUGGAGCUUUGGGCACAUGAACAUACCUAUGAGAGACUUUGGCCUGUGUAUAAUUACAAGGUAUUUAAUGGGAGUGUGGAGAAGCCAUAUGUGAACCCCAAGGCACCUGUACAUAUCAUUACAGGCUCAGCUGGAUGUAGAGAAAAGCAUGACGGCUUCAUCCCCAAACCUCGAGACUGGAGUGCCUUCCGCAGUGCCGAUUACGGCUACACACGUUUGCACCUUAUCAACUCCACACACAUGUUCCUGGAACAGGUGUCUGACGACCAGUCUGGAAAAGUCAUUGACAGCUUCACACUGAUAAAGGAAGUUCAUGGGGCAGAGGCCUGGCUCUGAAGACUCAUCAGUCUCUGGAAAUUAAGGGAAACCGACCAAACUCACUUUUACUCAAGAAUUAUUUUAUUGUUUCAUACUGCUGAGCUACAUUUUAGCUGGGUGAAGAAGUGAAUGCUUUAUGAAGAUCUGGUGUGUAUUCAGGGAUCUGUUUUAAAAAGCAUAUCUUGCCAGGAUUACAUUGUUUACUUCUUAUUAGGAAAUUAAACACUGCUUAAUCACAGUCAUUUUUAAUAUUUCCAAUCAAAAAUAUUAAUCAUUUAUGCAAAUUGAAAUAUACAUAUUAUUUUAUUUUUUAUUCUUAAAUAAAAUUUGGCUUUGUAUUUCUCAUUAUAAACAUAUCCAGAUGUCAACAAAGGAAAUUGUUCUGUGUGCAAUUUAAAUCUACAUUUUGAUAAUGUUACUGGAAGCUAAAAUGUUGCAUAAUUUUACCUGCUACUGAAUCUCAAUAAAGCUGCCUUUUUAAC